AUGUCAUACUUACCGCGAAUGAGUACAACAUAUAAAGAGCCACAGGCUUUCGAACCGGAAGAAUCAGCAAUGAAUUUAAUGUUUGGUUCUUUAAAACCUGCCAGCAGUCUUCCGAAUGAAAAAGCUCAUAAUCCUCAAACUGCUUUAAAACAUUAUAAAUAUUAUCCUCAUCCUUUGCCGGUUCUUCCUGGACCCUCUGUGGCAGAUGAAGCUAACGAGCUUGAAUUGUAUAGAGAAGCCAUCAAAUCGAGGAGAUCAACUGAUCAAAAUGAAAGUGAUUUAAAAAAAAAUGAAACUGUUAAUGAGAAUCAAAGAGCUCAGUCGAGCAAAUCAUCAAAUGAUGAAGUUCUUUCUGCUGAAAAUGAUGUGGAAGAGCCGAAACCUCAGCCUGAUAAAACUUCCGAAAGUGUUAAAGGAAGUAAAAUAUCGAUCAAAAAGAAAAAAUUUUCUAAAUUGGAUGUUGAAAAAAAAAAGGAAUCAUCAAAAAAUUUAAUAAAUUAUAUUUUUGUUGAAAAUAAUGCGAAUAAAUUAUUUUCAACCUCGGCACAAUUUGAUAAAAGUAAAAAAACUUUUAAUAAAAGCCCUCAUGGAGAACAUACUACACAUGAAAGCGAUUCAAAAAAAGAAAGAUUGUUCUCGUUUGCUAAAAAUUUAAAUGCAACAACUAAUAUUCCUUAUUCUCAUACUCAAAAAACGACUCGAGAAUUUAAAAUUAAAAAUGUGGAAAAAAUCAGUCAAAGUGUUCAAUGUAACAUGCAUACGAAAAAAGAAAAAAUUUAUGUAGUGCCUAUUAUUGUGAAAAUUAACAAGGAUAAAAGUAUGAGUAAAACAUCUGUAAGUGCGAAAAAAAUUCUAAAUGAUGCUUUGUUGAUUCUCGGAGAUAUGUGCAAUCAAAAUCCAACCAAGAGCCUUUCAUUCGAUGUCACUUAUUCAGAUUCAAAACGUACUGAAAAGGCUUUGGAAGACCUACAGAGAUAUAUAAAAAAUAUUUAUGGUGAUAAAAAAGAUUUUAUGGAUAAAGCAGGAGGAUUGAAAAAAAUUUUCAUCGAAUUAAAACAAAAAGAAUUAGAAUUAGUGCUGUUAAACGAUCAGGUUCAGAAUGAAAAUAAUAUUUUUUCGACAACUAUCACAGUCAACGAAUCGGAUUUUAAAAAUCCAGAAGUGGCAUUGCAAAACAAAAAAUUAGAAAGUCAACAGCUUUUAGCCAAAGUUGAAUUUAGUAAAAGAGAAUUGAAAAAACAGCAGAAAACAUUAGCAGAAUUAGAUUGGGAAAUAAAAUGCAAUCAAGAUCAAGUGAAUGCCCUUAAGAAAUCAAGCGGUUCAAAAUCAAAAUUAGAAAUUAUAGGAAAACAAACUUCUCCUUAUAUCUUUGAAAAUGAUGGCUGUGCAAAAAAUAUUAAGGAUAAGAGUUGA